GGUGAGUUGUUGCAAAAUGCCUGCGAAAUUUGCGCUACAUUCAACUUUUUAGAUUUAUGAAAUGAGACUCAGUAGUCUAUUCGUUUCAAGUGGGGGUGCUUCGGUGGUUUGUUUGGAAAAGGAAGGAAGUUCGUAGCAGGAAAAGCGAAGGGAGGUCUAUAAUUAUCUCAAGUCAUUUAUCAGAAUUGACCGUCAUUUUCCCAAGGAUAGUAGUGAGGAUUUUACGCGCCUUGGAAUGUCCGGACUGUUUUAGAAUUGUUUGAAAAUAUAAAAAGUAUUAAAGAGAAACUUCUACAGUAAUUUAUAUAUUUUAAGAUGCUAGUGGAAACGUUGAGUUGAUUCAUUUUACACGACAGCACUACCAAUCAGUAACGUUACGACUCAUCCACUCUAUUUGUCUAGGCUACGAUCUGAGUGAUGGACAGAGACAUUGAAGAGCAGGACCCCCUCGACAGAGACAUUGAAGAGCAGGACCCCCUCGCCGUAGACCCUGUAGACAGAGAUGGGAGACGGAUGGGGGAUGCGGGAGGUGAUGAUGGCGGGAAUAGGAAGGUUGGAUGCUGCGAGAGGUUCCAUCGCUCCAUCUCCAAGUGGAUGCUUCCGGAAGAACUCCACGAACAGUACCGGGAGCGAGCCAACUGCUGUCCCCCUCCCAUCUUCAUCAUCCUCAUCAGCAUCGGAGAGCUAGCAGUGUUUAUCUACUAUGCGGUGUGGAAGCCCCAGAAGCAGUGGGUCACCCUGGGCGAGGGCAUCUGGAACAGCCCUCUCACUUACAAGUCUGACCGGCGGGAGGAGGCGUGGCGCUUCGUCUCCUACAUGUUUGUCCACGCUGGCGUGGAGCACAUCCUGGGCAACCUGGUGAUGCAGCUACUGCUGGGUAUCCCACUGGAGCUGGUCCACAAAGGCUUUGAAGUGGGCAUGGUCUACAUGGCAGGCGUCCUAGCAGGCUCCCUGGCCAGCUCCAUAUUUGAUCCCCACAGUGCUCUGGUAGGGGCCUCUGGGGGGGUAUAUGCCCUCAUAGGUGGAUACUUCAUGAACGCUAUUGUGAACUUCAGAGAGAUGAUUCCUCUCCUUGGAGUGUUUCGUAUUGGAGUGAUUGUGAUUAUCGUCGGGACAGAUGUCGGAUUCGCCCUUUACAGAAGAUUUCUUACUCACGACGUUGGCUUGAAGGUUUCAUUUGUGGCGCACAUUGGAGGAGGAGUGGCUGGGAUGACCAUUGGCUACGUGUUCUUCAGCGCCUACAACCAGAAGCUCCUGAAGGACCCGCGCUUCUGGCUUUGCAUAGUCGGCUACGUAGUCUUCCUCUUGUUCGCUGUGCUCUUCAACUUCUUCCUUUCCCCUGCAUAAUUUCACACUAUACAAAUGAAUGCGUUUUGAAUAACGGACAUAGGACAUUUCAGGGACUUGGUAGGUUAUCUAAAAAAAUGUAAACCUCUACUGAAGGAGAGAAGAGAUUUAAAUUGAAAGAGGGAUUCCUAGUUGAAGUGUAGUAUUUCACUCAGCGCAAAUUAUCUUUGUUACUUUUUUUAGUGAUGUUGAUAAUGAAAUGCAUUAUUAUUAUUUGAUCUCUAGGUUUUGUACUGAACUCAAAUACCUCAGUUAAUUGGUGUUACGGGUAUUUUAUUCCAAAUGAUGUUUGUCCUGAUUUUUUUCAGUGAGGUAGGACAUUAUUUCCCCAAGCAGGUCCUUUCCUCUAAGUUUUAGAUUGGCCUACAAGUGUGUGUGUGUUUUGGGGGAAUUUUCAAGCCAUCAGGAGCAAGUGUGUCAUCUGUUGGUUAACGCCGUGUCAAUUCGUAAACGAGCCAUGAGAAUGGCCCAAUGCCAGGUUAUUGUUUCACUUCCCUGUUGACAGGAUGAGACACUGUCUGACAAUAGCACAUAUCAAUGUUAAUCUGCUCACAUAUCCUUGGCUAAGCCUCUUUCAAGUAUAAUUUACUGAAGGCAUGAUAUUAAUUUGUGUUUCUCUUUAGCUUUUGCUACUUGCCAGCAAGUAAGUUUUGAAUUUCAGUCAGUCUGUUAAUCCUUUGGUUGUUUUAGGAUUUUUGUGUACAGUGGAACAGUAGAGGGCAGCACUUUCCAUUGUAUAUUAGGCAUUGUCUAUAUAAUUUCCAUUGUGCCACUGUGUAUUAGUCUACAUAACUGUUUAGUGUGACAGUCCAUGAGGAAAAUGUAAAGGUCAUUGAAAAGGCCUCCUCUUAUGCCAUUUGUAUGGCAUAUUUUUUUUAUUGGUGAUAUCUUCAAAUGUUUUUCCUAAACUUAUUUGUGGUGAUAUUUGUUAGUUGGUAUGUGAAACCAAAUGGAGGUUCAACAAACCAAUACGUACUUUAGGUAUUUAUUAUGUAAUUACAACUUGUACAAUGUACUUUCAAAGUAUAUGUCAGGUAGAUAGCAUAACAUUCCAAUUGUAAAUGACUUGUUUUGUAUUUGAAGCUCUUUUUUUUAUCUCCAGACUCAAUCUUGUGUCUUUUCAUCACUUUUACAUUAAAUGUUAUUUUACAUUUCCAAAAUUCCCUUCGGAUCUUAGAUCUGUGUUGACAAAGCCACGCAUAAUCCGAUCUCUGUGAAAAUGAUUGGAUCAUGAGUUUUUUUGUUGUGUAAACUCUAUUUGGUGUUAACCGACAAAUAGUUCAUCUUGGUAAAAACAUAUCUUAAUUCAUCUGGUCUAUAGCAAGUCAGACAUGGGGGUUAGUGAAUGGGUACGGAGCAGAAUAUUUGCUUGACUGAUGUCUGACCUGACCUAGGGUGCCACGCUUCUAUUAUUAGCUAACAGUGGCUUCAAAAAAAGACAAUUGAUCGUACCCCAAUGACAGCCACCACUCUAGCCAGUUUAUGUGGAACAUUCCAUAGUUCCAGACUCGGAACAUCAAUACAGUGCCAUUAUUUAAUUGUGGGCUUGCUAGUCUGCUUUGUGGACACUUAAACCAUUGGUUAAGAGGGAUAAUGAACUUCAGAAAGUACUGAUAAAUUAGUAAUGGCCAAGUUGUCAUAAAUAUUGGUUCUUAAAUUCAACAAACUGCUGGACAAAAGGCUAAAUAAAAUCCUCAAACAAGGUUCACCUAAUGUGAAUCCCUGACUAUAAAUGUAUUUGAAUCCGACUCGUUUGGAAAGUGAAUCAAUCCCCCCUAGUGUUGCCAAAUGAUUUGACCAAUAUUCUAAAGAGAGACCAUUUCAGGGCAGUACACAGGGUUCUCAGGUGAAUGGUAUAGUCAGUCUAUAUUGGGUACUAGUCUGUUUGGGAUUGAACAAUGCUAGCUCCUGUAGUAAAGCAGAACCAGACUGGCACACCAUCUGCUCAGCAAUAAUCCACCCAGGAUUUGGGGUUAAGGUUUUGUACUGAGAACCAAUAUUUUCACAUUUUCCCUUUUGUGCAGGUCAUUAGUUAGCAUGGCGAUCAGGUUUACUCAUCAUGGGGAGAUACUAGUAGAACAUGUUUGGAUUUGGGCCAGUAGAUAUAUGUAAUUGAUUCUUUAGCCAAAUUUAAAAUUAAUGAGUGGGAGGUGCUUUGGAAAGCUGGAAAGUGUUCGAGAUAGGCAUUAGGGAUUGCAUUUGAAAGAAUGUGUUUGAGUACUCUCAUGAAAAAUUAUUUUCAGUACGCUUAUAUUAGUUUUUAAUGAAACUGGUUUGAAGGGAAAAUGUAUCCUGUAUGCAAUUGGUUGUUCCAAUUACUGGUUGUUCUGAAACACAACUGAAAAGAAAGUGUCAUGUAUUUUCACUGCACUUCCACAAACUAUAAACAGAGCUUGAAAUUGUGGCAGUGCUUAUAAAUUUAACCGGCUAAAUAUACAGAAUAAAAAUGGGAGCCAGGACCUGCCAAUCAGAAUGGAUUUUUCCCCCCAUAAAAGGGCUUUAUUACAGAUGUAAAUACUCCUCAGUUUCAUCAGCUUUCCGGGUGGCUGGUCUCAAGACAAUCCUGUAGGUGAAGAAGCCGGAUGUGGGAGUCCUGGGCUAGCGUGGUAACAAGUGGCCUGUGGUUGUGAGGCUGGUUGGACAUACUGCCAGAUUCUCUAAAACGAAGUUGAAGUGGCUUAUGGUAAAGAAAUGAAAAUGACAUCUGGCAACAGCUCUGAUGGACAAUCCUGCCGUCAGCAUACCAAUUGCACACUACCUCAAAACUUCAGACGUCUGUGGCAUUGUGUUGUGUGACAAAACUGCACAUUUUAGAGCGGCCUUUUAUUGUCCCCAGCACAAAGUGCACCUCAUACAGCUUAAUAUGCCACAU